GAAAUUUCCUAAGUUGGCACAUCGAAUGACAGACACAAACAAGAAGUGAAGAGAAUUAAAAGCAAAUGCGGAGAAAUUAAUCGAAGGAGUCUUUUAUUGUACGUGAAUUACGUGAGAAGUGAAUUAAAUUUUCGUGAUCCGAUCGGGAGUCAACUUGAUAUUCAGUGAAAUCAAGAGACGCAUUUACUGUCCGAGUCUUAGUCGGCGUAGUGAAAAAUCGACGACAAUUAAUUUUUUUGCGAAGUGCGUGGAAGGAGAGAAAAAUUCAAACCCGGACAAAUUUUGAUUUUCAUCGGUGGAAUAUUCCAGUGCAACCAGCAACAUGUCAUUGGAUUCUAGGUUUACACAAUUCGUGCAUCACCUCAACAACAAAUUUGAACCUGAAGUUCGAUAUCACUUGGCACGAGUGUAUUCAUGUCUAACAGCAACUACCAUAUUAGCCACAGUUGGCGCCGUUCUUCACAUUUCAGGCUAUCUGGAAUGUGGGCUGAUUACAGCGCUCGGCUCAUUGGCUUUCAUCAUUGCACUUCAUUUUAUUCGUGAUGAUGGCAAAAAUUUCUACACAAGACUGGGCUUAUUGUUAGGCUUUGGAUUCUGCUCAGGCCAAACUCUUGGACCCCUAUUACAAUUUGUGAUUGCUGUCAACCCCCAGAUAGUAAUCAACGCAUUAGUUGGUACAUGCAUUGUUUUCUUGUCAUUCUCGCUGUCGGCUCUUUUGGCUGAACGUGGCAAAUUUUUGUUCCUCGGAGGCAUACUUGUUAGCAUCCUCAGUACAAUGGCGUUAUUGAGCUUGUUCAACAUGUUUUUGAACUCAUAUACCUUGAAUCAGGCUCAAUUGUAUGUUGGACUUGGCGUUAUGUCUGCUUUCAUCCUCUACGAUACGCAAGCCAUCAUUGAGAAACGCAGGAUGGGAAAUACUGAUUGCGUCCAACAUUCACUUGACUUGUUCUUCGACUUGAUCAGCAUAUUCCGCCGCCUGUUGGUGAUUCUUACACAAAAGGAGGAACGCGAUAGGCGAAACAAACGUAAGAGCAACUAAGAAUAUCAGAACAAUAUCUUUACACAGGAAAUAAUUGAGUUCAUUAAUUUUCCUCAUUUUUAUUAGAAAUUUACUUUUUGGAAAUAUAAUACCAAAAUAAAACGAGUGUAAUUACAUA